UAAUGCUACACAAAACAAAAGAAGUAUAAACCUUUGAAAGAAAACCCUUUUACCAAAUUCAAAACAAAACUAAUUCUAAUCGCAUUCUACUUCUAAUCCUAAUCCCAAACGUAUUAGGAUUAUUAACUCUCUUCUAUAUAAACCUGGAAACCCCUGUUUUUCCCAUUAAUUCAUUGAUAACCAACGUUGUGUGUUCUUUUGACAAUGGAGGCGAUUGUGAGUGCUCAUACAACUUUGACAUCCCCAAUUGUCUGUACAAGUAAAUCUGUUUCUCCGGUAUGUACACACUCAACGGUUUUCAAAGGAUUGUGCGUUUAUUGUGGGAAGAAUAUGAGCGAUGGGUUUGGUGUAGGAUUUGAUUUUGUGGCCGAUGGUUUAAGUUUUAGCAACCCUAAUAUUGCCGUCUGGAAAGAAAAUGGCUCAAAGAAUUUGUUUAGCCAGGGAAAACUUCAGUUGGUUCUUGAUUUAGAUCACACUUUGAUUCAUACACAAGCUACACGUAAAUUGACUCAGGAGGAGGAAUAUUUAAAGAGGCGGGCAAAUUCUUGGGGAAAAAUAUCAGAUGGGGACCUAUUCAAGUUAACUGAUGAAUUCAUAGUCAAAUUGAGACCCUAUAUUCGGACGUUUUUGAAAGAAGUCAGUAGCAAGUUCGAGCUCUACAUAUAUACAAUGGGUUCUCGAUAUUAUGCAAAAGAGGUGACUAAGUUGCUUGAUCCGAAGGGUGAAUACUUUAUCAAAUCCAGAAUAAUUUCACGGGAUGAUUCUAAAGAAACGAGAAAAAAGACCCUGGAUUUGGUUCCGGGAGAGGAGCGAGGCAUUGUUGUUCUUGAUGAUACCGAAGGUGUGUGGAACCAGCAUAAAGAGAACUUAAUUCUGAUGGGGAAAUAUAAUUAUUUCAGAGAUGGAAAGAUUAAUAACAGAUCUUUCUCGGAGAAGAAGACUGAUGAAAGUGACAGUAAUGGGGUACUAGCUAACGUGCUUGGAGUUCUAAAUCAAGUCCAUGGAUUAUUCUUCGAAGAUUCAAGAAAUCUAGGUUUUCAGGAUGUUAGAACAUUGUUGAGAAAAAUGCGUGGAGAGAUUCUGCUGGGGUGUACUGUGUUCAUUAAGGAUGCUGGAGAUGAAGCAACUGUGGUUCGGAAAAGGGCAGAGGAGAUGGGAGCAAGCUGCAAAUCCGUAAUUGACUCUUCUGUUACACAUUUGGUGUCAUCAAGCAAUAAGAUUGAGGAUCAUGAAUGGAAAGAAUUAGAGAUCAAAUACUUGGUCCAUCCAAAGUGGGUUUAUGCUACUUAUUAUCUAUGGCAGAAACAACCUGAAUAUUUGUAUCAACCCAGUUAGAAUAUGUUGUAUGAAACUUUCAUAAUCAGUUAACAUGUGAUUGAGUAAUGAUAUAUUAUUCUUAAUAUAUAAAUUCAUAUUCAGUAUUAAUCACAAAG